ACGACGUCGAGGACGAUGCGUGUGCGCGUGCCGUAUCGUACGCGACGCGACGCGCAACCUCUUCAUUGUACCGCGAACGUCGGGGUUACGCGCCCGUCGGCGUUACCCUUCUCGGCUGGCCGCCGAUCAUCGUCGCCGCGCGGGCGACCGCGUCUUUCCCGUGACCGCUGUUUCCUUAUUCGAUAACGGUUAAUUGCACGGGACAUAACAGGGAGUUGCAUUCGCGCAAACCGCGUGCGAUGUUCGUACGUAUGAAUAGCAAUGCAGACAAGUGUUGUGUCGUAUGCUUGGUGUUAACGUGAUGUAAAUUGCAACUGGAAUACAAUUAAGUAAAUAUACGUACAUACGAAACGACUGGGAAAAAUAAAACAGCUGAGGGUUUUAUGCGUGUACUCUAUAUACGUAUCUUAAUACGUAAAAUAUAAAAAUAAGUAGUUAAGAAAAUCUUAAAGUAACGUCUUUUCGAGGUUAGGAAACUUGUAUCGAUCGAGUAAUGCGCGCGAAAUUUUAAUCGGUAUAUAUUCAUCGGAAACGGUGAUCGUGUAUUAUCGUAUUACUUCAACCUGAAAUAAUUUAAAAGACAAAAUAUUUAAUAUUUAUUGUAAAAAUAGUGUUUUAUAAGAUAAAAAGUCGAGAGAGAAUCAAGAGAUUUAUAAUAUAAUUUUCAUCAUUAUUCACAUUAUUAUUCUUUUCACAACGCGCAGCGCAUUGUUUCAAAGUCAUCGAAUCAAUAUGGCUAUAUCAUGGGCAAUAAAUCAACAUUGACACAAGUUACGUGUCCUUACGUGGUGUGAACAGUGGUAACAUCAUUCAUCACUACAAUGACUGCCAAUUAUUAUUUUGCGAUCGUCGGGCACGCUGAUAAUCCAUUAUUCGAAAUCGAGUUUAACAAUGCCGGAAAGGACGUAAAGAAAGAAGACCAUUCACAUCUAAAUCAAUUCAUUGCUCAUGCAGCGCUCGAUCUUGUGGACGAGCACACUUGGAAAACGACGAACAUGCACUUGAAAGUCGUGGACAAGUUUAAUCAAUGGUUCGUCAGUGCAUUCGUAACGGCGACUCAUAUUCGAUUUAUCAUGGUGCACGAUAGCAAAAACGAAGAUGGGAUCAAGAGUUUUUUCAAUGAAAUGUACGAGACAUAUAUAAAGUAUUCCAUGAAUCCAUUUUACCAGCUAAACACACCUAUUAAAUCUAUAGGUUUUGAGAAAAAGGCACAGUUGUACGGCAGAAAAUAUCUAUCUUCCUAAACUCAAUAAAUUUUGCAAAAAUAAGAAUUUAUGUAUAUUAUUGUAUAUUUUGAUUCACUUUAUUCAAUGUUCUGCGAAAAUAUAAUAAGCAUUAUAAGUAAAUAUUUAUGAGAAAUAAAUUUAUUUCAUUAUGUGUAAAGUUACGUUAUGUGUAGAGUUGCAAAUUUUUUUUGUGAUCAUUAAUACAAAAACUGUUUUGGUAAGAAAUAAAGAUUAUAAUUCG